AUGGUAGUUGGGACGGCAGUAAUGAUGCGGGCAAACUCGUUGGUGAGAGCGGAGCGGUUGUCGCCGGGGCUCGAUCUCCCCCUGAACCCUUCCGGCGCCGUCGGUGGGGAUUGCUCACCGAAGAAGAAUUUCGUCUUCGUCAUCAAUCCCAAGGGUACCAGCCCAAAGCACUCUACGAUCUACUGUCCUUGCUUUAUGCGGCAAUUUACGAUGUCGUGGAUGCUCUCAUCUGGAUGGACGCAGGAGCUAAUGGGAAAACGGGUAAAGAGUGGAAGAAGAUCCAGCCGUAUCUAAGGGAAAUGUUGAGCAGAAAUUGCAAUGUGAGUGCCCCUUGCUUUCCAUGCUCUGGUCCAUUGUUCCGAAUGUUCAUCUAUGAUUAUUCAAUCUCUUUUAGUUGUUCACACUUUUAGCAUACAUAAAAUCCUAUGGUCUAGACUGUAUCUUUUUUCAGCAUUUUUAGCAAUUUUUUAGGUUAGAUUUCAUGGAGGUGGUGGAUCAACUUCCUGAACCUCAAUCGCGUCUCUGGUAUAUGGGAGUAGACGAAAUGAAGGAUUAUAAUUCCCAAUUUUUUUGGGUAUUGUCUUUAUGUCCUUUCUGUGAUGCUCUCAAAUAGGAUCAAACAUGGUGGUUCUUGAAAUAGGAGUUACUAGUGGUUGGUUCUAUUAAAGGUUGGUAAAUUGCGGGUAUCAUUCUGAUCAAUUAGGAGAAAGUAAGGGAAGUGUAUGCGGUUCAAAGGUGACUUUGAGGAGGCAUAUGAUGUGAAUUGGGUGUACCAGACCAUAUGAGAUACAUGACAAAGUUUAGCUUGAAGUUAUAACUGGAUGACUGGUUGUGUAUCUUUUGCGUAUUUAUCUAUUUUAAAUUGAAAUGCUUGUGGUUUCUGUAUAAACUCUUUAGGGAUGAGACAUGUUGAUCCGCUGUCCAUGACUCUUUCUUCUAGUAAACAAGUUACUAAUGUCUUUACAGAUAUUAGGAUAUACCUAUGGAUAUGGAUGCUUUGGGUCAAAAAAUAAGCAGAAAGAUAAGAUUAUUCCGUUUCAAACCAACAACGUGGGAAGCCACAUGAUAUGCUUUCAGAAAGUCUGUGCUCUAAAAUGUUAAAUUCAAGUAAUAUUCUGUCAAAAACCUCUUUCUAUCUCGACCUGAAUGCUUUCUAAAUCUGAAUAUUUUUUACAGUGGAAGGAGACCAAGAGAUUUUUAACUUUUGUGCCUUCCCAGUUUGACACAAUAAAAUCAGCUUUGGUUCCCUCUUUUAACGAGUUAGCAGUUGAUAUAUUUUUUUUCAUUCUUACACACUACUCUUGUAUUGCGAGAUCAUAGUAAUGACCCAUUACUUUUGGCAAGUCACUUUUGAUGAAAGGCAGCUGAACUUCAUGAUAUGUUCCUCUAUGGGUCUGUCAUGAUACGCAUAUCCUUGUGGCCCUUUUUUGUGGUUCUGAGACAAUGUUUGAUUCAAUUGUCAUAAUGCCAUUGACCUAUUCUCUUUUGUUUCUUGUAAUUUUUUCCACUUCUGUCCUCUCAUGCUUCUGGAUUGACCGAGAUCAUCAUGUUUCUUUCAUAACUUUUUGUGCUGUUGGCAGAUGCAUGAAUUGUCUACUACAGGCCCUUUUCAUGCAGCGGAGAUAACAAGGGAUGUAAGUAUUUUUGAAGUGAAGUAUUAAAACAUUAACCUAGUUUUUUUCAGAAUAGUUUUCUUAGAAUCCCUUGAACGUGAAAGUUAAAUCUGAUACAAACAAUCCAUUUCUGGAGCACAGGCGAUAAGAGAGGGAGCCGAUGCUGUGAUAGCAGUUGGAGGUGAUGGAACUCUUAAUGAGGUGAAGCUAUUUCCUUUUUUAUCUUGAUUUUGGAAUUAUUCAGGACGCAUUUCUUUUCACUUUGUGCCAGGCAUUAAUGUUAAUUUCGGGAGAAUGUUGCUGUCAAUGCUCAUAUAUUGAGUUACUGCAAUAUAUAACAUGACUUUGUGGGAAGUACCUGACAGUAUAAAUUGUAGAGCAAGCAUGGACUUAGCUUUCUGAUGAAACAUAUGCCAGCUGCGGAAGUUUUAUGAACUUUUGUGGUUUUAUUUGGGUAAGAGAGAAAUUUUCAGAUGUUUGAGCCGUGGGAGGGUAAUCUCAUCCUGGUGAAGAGCUUUGGUGGUAUUUAUGUGAUAUGCUGCUUGUCAGACUAGUGAGAUUGAAAUAUUUCUGAUGAUAGCUGAUAAAAUUUCUGUAUUCUGGAUCAAAUGAACCUUGGGAGAGGAGAAUAUUCAUGAGGAAUGGCUGAAUAUAUACCGAAUCACAUUUUCUCAAAUUAACAUUUUUGAAAGGGACUGACUUGCUUUAUGAUAAGUGAACUCCAUGCCACCGAAUUUUAUAGGAUUACUGGCCAUCAAAUCAGUGUUGGAGGAUAUGCUUCAUUUGGUCCACAGUUUAUUCUAUCAUUUUUUUUCUUUAUUACAUCGAUAAUCUUUCAAAAAAAUUCUGAUCUACUUUUUAUCAUUUCCUCGUUCCUGGGUCAAGAUAAAUUUUAGAGUCUGAACUACUCACAGUUCUCGUUAUAUUACCUCCUUGACAUAACAGAUUUGAUGUGGUCUUACCAUUCAUCUGUCAACAAUCAUGAGUCAGUUCGAUUAAUGUUUCAUUGCAAGAAGGCCCAUUUCCAUGUCCCAGACUAGAUCAAUCGUAUACUUCUUUGCUACAACUAUUUGUAUAUACUCCAUGAAAGAUCCUCCUGGCAUGCUGAGUUGCAUUUAACACAUCAGGUUACAGUGAAUGAGGGAGCCCAGAGAUUAUGGUCUGAAUGAGGUUCAUGUGAUACCACAAGGAAGUUUGAGCUAGAAGCUCCCAAUUUUUAUCGUAGUCUUGACCCUGUAGCCUUCCUUGACUGCCUUUCUAGCAGCGAUCAGUUCAUUCACUAGAAUCAGAUGACUCCUUCAGCAUUCCCAACUUGCUAAAAUGUGAUUUACCAGGCUUGCUGAACAUCACUGGAUGAAUUGGGAGAAGCAACAUGAAUGCCUCUUACAAAGCCCUUGUUUUGGAUUUUUUGCUGCUACAUGCACCCCUCUAUUAAGGGAGUAUUUUCAUAUAAUUUCCUGUUCUCUAUAUAUUUUUAUUCAUUCUAUUAAUCCCGUAAGAUAAAUCUCGCAGUUAGAUUAUUCCUCUGAAAUAUUAAUUGGAUUUCUCACGAAAAUUUGGAUCGCUUUAUGCAUGUCUUACAAGUCUUGCUAAUAUCUAACAUCAAAUGGCAGGUUGUUAAUGGGUUUUUUGAAGCAGGAAAGCCAGUUUCCUUAUAUGGUCCUGAAACUGGACGUUCAACUGCACUUGGUGUGAGUACUAACAAAAUGUCACUUGAUUCUUGGCUUUUGGUUUUUGAGUUUUGAUUUUAUUUUAUUUUAUUUUAUUUUUUUGCACUAUGAAAUCCAUUUGAAGUCAUGGUUUGCCAUUUUGUAGCUCAUCCCUAUGGGUACUGGAUCUGAUUUUAUCCGAACAUUUGGCUGGUUAGUCUCUUUAAUAAUAUUUGAAAUAUUUCGUGAGCUCCCAUAGUCUGAUUACCAAAUGGCUUGUUAUCCAUGUCAGGAGAAACGACCCUCGUGAAGCUAUAGAACGUAUUGCCAAAGGUUCAUUUUUUUGUUAGAUUUCCUACACUUGAUGUAUACUUGUAUUUCUCUUGAUUGGUUUCUAAAGGUUCAUUUUUCUCCUUGUUUAAGUAGUGAAAAUAUGAACUCAAGAAGAAAUAGUGUAAACUGAUUUCAAACUUUGUUUCAAAUGGUGUAGAUAGCAUAGCAGAGUGCUGAAGCUGAUUGUAACAUAUUGUGACGAGGCUUAUUUAUGAUGACACGCAUGAUAUAUAGAUUUAUUGAUAUACAUGGGAUGUCUUGCACUAGUGGUCCAUGCAUUCUGAUAUUAUAUACUAGAUUUUAUGGAUGUUAUAAAAUAUGAUAUCCAUUUUGCUGGUUUUAGGAUGGGGGGAGGGGAAUUUAAAAAUCUAGCCGUGGGUUUUGGUUCAUAGUUUUUUUGGCUCUUUGGAUGGUAACUUACCUGGAUCAGAUCAACACGCACUUGUAGAAUUUGAAAUGCAUGUUGAUCAGAAGAUAACUCGCCUAUUCCAGGGCAUUGUUCUCUUUAAAUUUAGUAGGAAAGUGCGGUCAGAUUAAGACCUGAUCAUAUCUUGAGAAACUGAAGUCGUGCGAAUUCAUCUAAGAACACUUCAGUGGAUCGAAAUUAAUUCAAGUUCAUUUACUGUGUUUUUGUCUAUUUGGUUUUGGGCAUAAUGGUCUGUUUCAGGUUCUUGAGAUGUUACGUCUAUUGCAAAUUGAAGUUUGGCUUCCAUAAGAAUGGCUCCUUGAGGAAUACGUUAGAGUGAGGAUAUGUUUGCAUAAGCUGGGCUCGUUAAGGAAUACCAAUGAUUAAAUAUAUGGUUGGAUAAGCCGGGCCCAAGGAAUAUGAGACGGAUCAUGGGGUAAACUUGUGGAGAUCCCUAAUAGCAUAUUAUUUUCAUGUCUUUGUUAUUAUGGGGCAACCUGACUUAAUAGCUUUAAUUUUAAUUGUUUUAAAUGAGUUAUUUCCUGAACUGAUGGAUUUGACUGUUCUGUGCCAUUGCUUUGCAUUCUCAUUCAUGUUUGUUGCUCUCACACUGUUUUCCGAGAAUGAGAAAUUAUUUCUAGUGGCCUUCGAUCACAGAGACUGGGUCCGAGCUUUGCAAACUCUAUGCUGUGGGGGAACUCCGCCAGGGUCUUACCACCUUCUUGAUUGACUAUUUUUGAGUCUUUGGUGUACUUUGGGAUUAUAUUCUGCACCGAGAUUUGUGCUUGUGGGAUGGGGUGAAUAUAGCCGACAAGCGGCUACAGAUCAUGAAUGUGUGGAUGCUUUGAAAUAGUUUUAUGAUUUACCGGAUGUCUCUGUGGAAAGUGAUCGAUCAGUCUUGAGAAGCUUAGAUUCCGCUGUCGGGUUAUUCUGGGGAAAGGCAAUGAUAUGUUCUUUUGAGGUCAUGCUUUGUGUUUGAAUAGAUGCUUCAAGUCAGAUAGAAGCGAAAAGGAAAGAAACUCAGAGCGAUAUUGGCUAGUCUUUUAUGUGCUUUGAAAGACAAUUUGCCUUCAUUUGAGAGAAAUACGGACAAACUUGGCUGAUGCUAACACUUCUGAAUUUUUAUUGAGGAACUUAGGGAUCAUGAUAAAGAGGAAAGAAUUUCAUGUCGGAUUGAGAUUUUUAACGACAUGUGGUUUCAUUAUAUUUCUUGCAUCAGUUCUCAAGUAUUCGAGUCUAUCACAAUAGUGAACUAUGGCAUUCUUUCUUUUCGUUGGCACACCCUAACAUGGUGAAGAGCUGAAUCAAAUGGAGCUCCCCAAGAUUUUGCAAGUUCUCCUAACAAGUGGCUUCCCUGGGAUUCAAUUUUUCUAAAGGUGGUGAUGAAGUUUUGAAUCGUCUGGUUUAGCAAUAGUGAAUAAAACAGUAAGUACCUGGUUCUGACAUGGUUUUUAGGAAGAUUAAGCUCAUUUAGCUGAGGUGUACCCUCAAAAGUAGGCUUUUGAAGGAGCAUACAACAUAGUCAGCUACCAGAAAUUUUCUACUAAAAAUCAAAAUGAUAUGAAAAGGUUUAAUGUUAACUGAUGGUAACUAGAGCACUGCAUAAUGCGAUCACUUAAAUUCCAUGCUCUGUUGUAAUCUUGUAAUUCAGGCGAAAAGCUUCACUUUUUAGGCUGUGGCGCAGGGACAAGAUCAAGAAUAGAUGUUGGCGUUGUAAGUGGAGGAAGUGGAGAACCACGUUACUUCAUAAAUGUUGCUAGCCUUCAUUUGUACGUGUUUGCUGGAACUCAAACAUUACGAUACUUGACGAAACGUGUUGUGAGAAACAUGGUAUCUUUUCCUUCUUGAUAAACUCUGCAGGAGCGGGAAGGCUGCAUUUUAUGCAUCGAAGUACAAAAGAUUUGGAAACUUGUGUUAUGUUUUUGGGGCUUUGAGAGCAUUCUAUGGGCACAGAGAUCAGAACCUCAGGAUCAAGGUCACGUUAUGGAAAUUCUUCCUGGCAUUUCCAAUAUGGGUCACUAUCGUUGUUCUGUUUUACAAGUUAAUAUGAUAUUUCCAGGUUGAUGAUGGUGAUUGGGAAUUGUUUGAGAAAAUCACUACCAUUUGCAUUGGAAAUGCCAAAUUUUAUGGUGGGGGGAUGAAGAUUACUCCAGCGGCUAGCCCAACGAGUGGAGAUCUUCAGGUAAAUUUCACACAUUUCUUCACCUUUCCAAGUAAAAAAAUAAAUAAAUCAGCGUUUCUCUGAAGUUUGCCAUUUUCUCAGUAUAUAUACAAAAAAUCUCUGCUUUGGAUUCCUCAGGUUGUGAUCUUUCAAGAGUUCAAGUGGUACGAUUUUCUUUUCAAAUUGCACAAACUCUACAAUGGAUCUCAUAUCUCGGAAAGAAACGUAUUUGUAAAGAGGUAAUUCUUUUUUGCCAAUGGGUUUUUUGAUUUUCUCCAUCAAGCCGAUUCUUCUAUGUCUGCUCUCCUUUUUUAUUUUCAUUCAUAGCCGGGUCACCUUGGGUUAGAGGUUGCUUUGGAUCACAAGAAGGAAGACCACAGUCUUAUGAUGAUCAUCAUUGGCUGCUAACUUAGCUUGCCCGUCAGCAGAUAGCAUAUCUUGCUCUGUCAAUCCUGGUUCUGAUCUAAUUGAUCCUCUCCUCAACGGUCUCCUAGCAUUCUGCAUGCCGUAAUUUGUGGAAUUUUCAUGAUCUGUAUGGUAUUGUUGAUUCAGUUUCCUCCCCAGAAGUGUUCAGUUUCAAGUCUCUGUUGCACAACAUUUUUCGACGAAAUUUCUGUUAGAAUUAUGUAUUUAUUUAUUUAAUUCUUCCAUCUUGUUUAAUCUUCUAAACCCUUUUUAGUAAUUUACUAGAUAACUUGGAUAAUUGGGUCUGACCUAUAAUCUUGGAAUCAAGAUAAUUGACAUUAUAAUAUGAUUAUCUAGAGGAUUAGAGUGGUAAUGGCUCACUUAAGCAUCCUCACAACCUGUUUUCGAGGCUGCUAUAUAAGUUUCUACACUUUAGUCCAUGGUCAUUUAUACCCCUAAGAUUUUGGUGAAUACUACGUUAUAUAGGAUUUUUUGGAAAAAAAAAGAAAAUAUGGGCAAGAUAUUACUCUAUGGUCCAAGGGUAUGAAGAGGCCUUGAUGUUCUUAGUUUUCUUAUACAAUAAUUCCCAGAAUGGCAUAACGUAUUUAACAAUUAAAUUUUACCCAUAUUUUGCGUUUGAAAAAUGGUUUUUUUUUUUUCACAUUAUCAUUGAUACUCGAAUUUUUUGGCCCAUUUCUUCAAUAUUUCCUCUAAUAACAAAAUUUAUGCAUGGAUAAAGUUAUACCCUUAUUUCAGUUUGAAACCGGAUUAUUUUACCUUUGUAAUUUUAUUUUUUUUAAUUUUCACCCAUUUCCUAAGAUGGCAAAAUCUACACAUUUUCAGUCUGAAACAAGAUACUUUUUAUCUCGUCAAUUAAUAUUGUUGUCCUAAUUUUUACAUUUCUUUUUUUCUUUUUUUCAUUUCGCUCAGUGUUCAGGGUAUUCAAGUGGCGGUGGAAGGAUCCAUCGAUGGAGUCUAUGUAGAAUCCGAUGGGGAACACGUAGGGUUCCUUCCAAGGAGGUUCUCCGUCAUGCCAAGCUCGCUUGAGAUGUUUGUCUGA